CUCCCCCCACACUUAUCCCAUUGUAACCCCCCAUAUGAACCCCACCUCAAAGAUAAUUCUUUUUCAUUCAUGUGAUCUUAGAUUUGAUGCAUAUGUAAUUCACCAUUGACGGGCUUGUAAUGGUAUGCGUGUGUGUGAGAGAGAGAAAGGGAGAGGAUGAUCCAAGGGGUUCGAGGCUUUGGCUUUGAUUUCUCUCAGUUCUUUGAUAUAUUUGCCUGAAUUCUCUCCGACCAUUCCUCCCAUUUGUCUUUCUUUUAUCUCCCUCCGCCUCCCUCUCUCUCUCUCUCUAUAUAUAUAUAUAUAUAUAGAUUUCUAUGUAUAUGUAUAUCUAUAUAUCAUAUAGUUGUAUAUGAAUCAUAUUUAUAGGUAAAGAAAAUUUUCAUAUACACAGCUUUUGUGUCCAUCUGUAUUUGUUGUGCAUUAGGGUGCCGUUACUGAUGUAUAUACACAAGGUUUCUUGGAUGCAAUUUUCCUUAAAAGCCAAUUAGAUUCAAUGCCAAGACUGGAGAUUUAAGGGUUUACCAGGAGGGCCACAAAGCUAGAACAUUCAGGUUUGAAGGAAACGUAAUUCACUUAUACUGACUAUCAUGCAUUUGUGAUUGGGGAUUUUAUCCCAUCUGUUGGACCGAUUUUUUGUGUUCUGGGUUCCGUUUCUGCUCAUAAAAAGAUUAGGGUUCUGCUUAAACACCUUAUCAGUGGGGUUCAGGAAUUAGGGCAAUCUUGCUUGGCACAGUUUUGAAGCUUGAGUCUUUUCAGGAUUUGGAUUUUGAGAUUGAAGUCUUUUUUGGCUCUGGGUAUCUGUUUCUUGAUCAAUGGUUUGGAAAAAUUGAGUCUUUGAUGUGCAUUGGAUGAUCUUCUUCUGGACCUAGUUUUGUGACCCCUGUUUGUUGGCAUUUGGUGGUUUCAGGUGAGGAGGAACUGUUAGGCCCCAUUAUUGCUGUUGGUGAUCUAGCAGAAGCGCUGCUACAAUAGUGCUUGCUGGUUAUCACUGUUGGAGCAAUUAAGAGAAGAGCUUGCUUUCUAUACUGUUUGUGCUAAUAACUUUUGGCUUUAGUGUAUAGAGUCUCUCGUUUGUGCAUCUUUUAUGGGUAUUGAAAUCCCUGUUCUUGGAGUACGUCCCGUCUGCUGAACUGAAUCAAGUAUGAGUAGGAGAGUGCGGAGGAGGGUUGUUAGGAGGGGCAAAGAGAAAGUGGAUUUCCCUGAGAUCGAUGAGAAUUUGACUUUGGAUGAGAAAGGGGUGCUUGAUUGGACUAGGUUACCUGAUGAUACAGUAAUUCAGCUUUUCUCAUGUCUAAACUAUCGUGACCGAGCUAGUUUGUCCUCAACCUGCCGGACAUGGCGGACUUUGGGAAAAUCUCCAUGUUUGUGGCAGAUGUUGGAUCUACGAACCCAUAAAUGUGAUGCUGCAGCUGCUUCAUCACUUGCCUCUCGGUGUGAGAAUCUUCAGAAGCUUCGGUUCCGAGGUCCUGAGUCUGCUGAUGCCAUCAUUAAACUUCGAGCUGGGAAUUUACGAGAGAUCAGUGCUGAUGGCUGCAGGAAGAUGACUGAUGCAACGCUCUCUGUGCUUGCAGCUCGACAUGAAGCGUUAGAGUGCCUUCAGAUUGGGCCAGAUUUCUGCGAAAGGAUCAGUAGUGAUGCUAUAAAAGCAAUUGCAAUUUGUUGUCCACGACUACAGAAACUUAGGAUCUCAGGUGUUCAUGAUGUGGAUGCAGAUGCAAUCAAUGCUUUGGCAAAGCAUUGUCAGAAUUUGACAGAUAUUGGAUUCAUUGACUGCCGAAAGGUGGAUGAGACUGCAAUGGGAAAUGUAAAAUCAGUCCGCUUCCUCUCGGUCGCAGGGACAACUAAUAUAAAGUGGAAUUUGGUAGUAGAGCUAUGGAGUAAGCUGCCACACCUGAUUGGCUUAGAUGUAUCUAGAACAGAUAUUAGCCCAAAUACUGUCGCAAGAUUUUUCUCAUCCUCAUUUAAUUUGAAGGUCUUAUGCGCCUUGAACUGUCCGGCACUUGAGGAGGACGCCACCUUUGUCUCUAAUAACAAUCAUAAAGGUAAAGUGUUACUGGCUGUCUUCACUGACAUUCUUAAAGGAGUAGCUAACUUAUUUGUCGAUACACCAAAGACUGAAAGAAAUAUUUUCCAGCAUUGGAGAAACUCUAAGAAGGAUAAGAAAUUAGAUGACCUCUUGAAUUGGCUGGAAUGGAUGAUUUGCAGUUCACUUUUACGUGUUUCUGAGAGCAAUCCGCCUGGUUUGGAUAAUUUCUGGCUCAACCAAGGCGCAACUUUGUUACUUAGUUUCAUGCAGAGUGCACAGGAAGAAGUUCAAGAAAGGGCAGCGACAGCUCUUGCAACUUUUGUUGUAAUUGAUGAUGAAAAUGCCAAUAUCGACACUGGAAGAGCUGAAGCAGUUAUGCGAGAUAAUGGCAUACGCCUUCUCCUAAACCUUGCCCAGUCAUGGCGGGAGGGGCUUCAGUCAGAAGCAGCUAAAGCCAUUGCGAAUUUAUCAGUGAAUGCUAAGGUUGCCAAAGCUGUGGCGGAGGAAGGAGGCAUCAGCAUUCUUGCAGAUCUUGCCAGGUCGGUUAACAGAUUGGUUGCUGAAGAGGCUGCAGGAGGACUGUGGAACCUCUCUGUUGGUGAAGAGCACAAGGUUGCCAUUACCGAAGCUGGUGGAGUAAAGGCUUUAGUUGAUCUGAUCUUUAAAUGGUCAAUGUCUACCGGUGGUGAAGGAGUGUUGGAACGUGCUGCUGGUGCUUUGGCCAAUUUGGCAGCAGAUGACAAAUGUAGCAUUGAAGUUGCUUCAGUGGGUGGUGUACAUGCCUUAGUGAUGCUGGCUCGCUGUUGCAAGGUUGAAGGAGUGCAAGAGCAGGCAGCUCGGGCUUUGGCAAAUUUGGCUGCUCAUGGGGACAGCAACAGUAACAAUGCUGCUGUAGGACAAGAGGCAGGAGCUCUUGACGCUCUUGUGCAGCUUACUCGCUCUCCUCAUGAUGGUGUCAAGCAAGAAGCUGCUGGUGCGUUAUGGAACUUAUCCUUUGAUGACAGAAAUCGAGAAGCAAUAGCAGCAGCUGGUGGAGUUGAGGCGUUGGUUGCUCUAGCACAUUCCUGUUCAAAUGCCUCCCAUGGCCUUCAGGAGAGGGCUGCCGGUGCUCUUUGGGGAUUGUCCGUCUCAGAAGCAAAUAGCAUUGCUAUUGGUCGAGAAGGAGGCGUGGCACCACUAAUAACACUGGCUCAAUCAGAUGCUGAGGAUGUGCAUGAGACUGCUGCAGGAGCGCUUUGGAAUCUUGCUUUCAAUCCUGGUAAUGCUCUCCGCAUUGUAGAUGAAGGCGGGGUUCCUGCAUUAGUUCAUCUUUGUUCUUCUUCUGUAUCCAAAAUGACACGCUUCAUGUCCGCAUUGGCACUUGCCUACAUGUUCGAUGGAAGAAUGGAUGAAAUUGCUCUGGUAGGAACAUCAACAGAGGGCAGUUCCAAGAGCAUAAACUUAGAUGGCCCAAGAAAAAUGGCCUUGAAAAAUAUAGAAGCUUUUGUCUUGACUUUUGCUGAUCCACAAGCAUUUUCUGCUGCUGCUGCAUCCUCUGCCCCUGCUGCACUGUCCCAAGUAACUGAAUCUGCUCGCAUUCAAGAAGCAGGUCAUCUCAGAUGCAGUGGUGCCGAGAUUGGAAGAUUUGUUGCUAUGCUACGAAAUCCUUCUCCGACCUUGAAGUCCUGUGCGGCAUUUGCACUGCUUCAGUUUACCAUUCCUGGAGGCCGGCAUGCAGCACAUCACGUUAACCUUCUUCAGAUCGCAGGAGCGCAGCGGCUGCUGCGUGUGGCAGCCGCAGCCGCAGGCGCCCCUCUUGAAGCAAAAAUCUUUGCAAGAAUAGUUCUUCGAAACCUGGAGCAGCAUAAGACUGAACCGCAUGUCUGAAAAUCAAUGGCCCAGACAGUACCUCAGGCUUGCCGGCUGAGUCGACUGUGUCUGAUCUCCUGCCUUCUUAUGAGUAGUUGAAAAGCAUUGAGAAAUAGAGUUUGCUGUAUAAAGCUCUUCAUAAAUGGUCUGCAUAUCAUGCUGAAUAAAGCGGUUGGUUUCGGUUUUGCCCGAUUUUUGUUUUCUCUUACAUUGUUUCUGAGCAAAAUUAUGACAUGGAAUAGGUGUUAAGUGGAGGUAGAUUUGUUGAAGGGAAGUUCUGUUGGAGUUAUUAAUUGAUGGGUUUGAACUUUGUGGGAGCAGUGAAUGAUGUGAUGAAGUUGUGGUUAUGUUAGGAGCUUGUUACCCUUCUGCUGCUUCACUGCUGGCAUGCCUAUGCUCAUUAUCUGUCCUUGCUUCUCUUUCCCCCUUUUCUCUUUCUCUCUUGAAGGAGCUAAUAGGGGGAAGGAUUUGUUGAUCUCAAAUGAAUGACAAUUUUGUAGUUAAGUAAAAUCAUUGUUUGGUGAAGUUCUAUCAGAAGCGUAUGUGUACUUAUGUAA